CAUCCAUCCUCCAUCCAUUGCUUCUUUAUCACAAUCCUUCUCAUUUGGCCUCCCCUCCGACUACGAUCCCACCGCCGGUCUGUCUGUCCGGGCACAGCGCCAUUCUCCGUUGCUAUCCAUCCCCCACACGCCUAUACACCUCCGUCUCCGCCUCCCACCUUCCGUACUAUAUAGAAUUAACCGCCUCCGAGGAUGUCGGGGAACCACGACUACCCUCCCGCUUCUCGCCGUGGCCGUGGAAAUCGGGCCGGUGACCGACCACCGAGGCCUACUGCAACCCAUCUGCAACACUUGCGAGACCUGUUAACCUCGGAUCGUAGCCGUGAAACAUCUGCUCGCGCACUAGAAACCCUGAACCGAGAGAUCAGCCAUUACCGCCGCUCCCAGGAUCGGCCUGCCUUCGAAGAGACCAGGGCAGCCGUAGAUCGACAGGUCCAAGAGAAUCGAUCACGCCGGGAGGACAAUCCUCAUGGGGGUCUCCCUCGCCACCUGCGACCGGCAAUGCCGAGAUUACAAACUCUGAAUGUUACGGUUGUGGACCCCGACACAAGUUCCCCUGAUUCUUCACGGUCACCCGGCGGAUCUUCCAGGCGCCGCACCCAGAGGGGUAGUAGGCCUAGCCAAGACUUGAAUCGUCGAGAAUCCAGCACCUCGCUCCUCGACGAGCCCGUUCCUCCCCUCGACACGUCUCCCAUCAUACCGCAGCCACAGGAGGAGGAAGAAGAGGACAGCAUGAUGGACCGGUGGCGAGUCAAACGUAGGAAACUCGAUUCUGAUGACAACAGGGAGGGGCCGCAAAGUUUCCGGUACGGGCAUUAUGGCCAAGUAGUGCCCGGCCCCCUCAAAAUGGAAAUGGAAAGUUGCGAUGGGGGCCUGUUCGAACCAGAGGGUGAACUUGCAAGUCCCACGAACGUUCUCCGCAGCGACUCGUCAUUCUAUAGCACGAAGUCAGAUCGGUGCAACAUAAUAUUAAGGCAUUGUGGGGAGUCACCGUUUUGUCUCAAGCGAAUCGUGAUCAAGGCUCCGAAACAUGGCUAUGAUACCCCGAUGCAAGAAGGAAUGGUUUUUGUGGCGAUGGGCUCGGAGGAACUUGUUGCUCAGGCCACUGACUAUCAAUACCACCACACCCAUGGGCGACAACGUCGAUACCGGAGGAGUGGCAUGCAACCCUCUCAGGAGUAUCUGAAUGCAUAUCGGACUCCGCUGCAAACUCUCGAGCGCGUGACUCUGCCUGGCCGUGAGUCAAAUCCGGAGUCGGGCCCGAAUACCAACGAUUCCACGCGAUCAAUCGCAAACAGCCGGCCUCGCCCUGUCUCGGACUUCCGAGUGACGAUGGACUAUGGCGAACGUUCCGAACGGAGUGGCUAUGAUGAUCUUGACUUUGCGGGGCCGGAAUCCUCCGCUGUAGAUACCGACUGGCUGUCCAUGGACGAGAUGGAUGAGGAUCUUCUAUGCUCUGACAAUGAAAUUAGUGACGACGACUUGAGCAUGGGCGAACUGGGGAGCUUCCACCAAAGCCGCCGUGGGCUACAGAGACAAGUCAGGGCGAUGCGUCGACAACAUGCCAUAGAGCAAGGUCGCCUCCCAAGACGGCCGCCAGCUCCCAGUGCCUACCAUCCUUCAUCCUCAUCCGGCCCUGGCCAAACUCCGGAGCCUGGACCAUUCAUGGCGCAUGCUUGCUUUUCCAUCGAGCGAACCAAGAACGUGGUCAACAUCAAGUUCGACCCACCACCCUCCGGGCGCUAUAUCCUGCUCCAACUCUGGUGCCCCCAGGGAGAUAACAGCAUCGACAUUCAAAGCAUCGUUGCCUAUGGCUUCGCCGGUCCACGGUUCUUCCCUGCCGGCACGUUCAGGUGAUACGGCGAGCUUAUCCUCUGCAUAGGACAACUAACGAAGAGAUGCAUUCCUGUUCGAUUGAGCUCAAUCUUCUUAUUAUAUCUUAUUUCUUCUUUUGUCCUUUUGCUUUUUCUUGCUGUUUUUCAAACCCCCAAGCGAACGCCCAUCUGCCCGCAAGAAGGUCUUCAACAUUAGCAUGUUUUUAUGAUGGUUGAGUUACAUCU